UUCUGUCUUCAGAGCAUUGGUGUGCACAUUUUGUCUUCAGCGUUGUUGAGAUAGUGCAUAUUUGUACCAUAUUUGAGAAUUAAUGUUAGCAGACAUGUACAAUGUAGAUUUCUUUUUAAAAUUCUAGGUUACUUUAUGGAAUGGGCCCUUAGAGAACAAGAAAAGACUGAAGUUUUACAGGAAAACAAAUUUUGUGGUCUUCAGAUUCUGAAAUGAGGAGAAAUGCAGCCAUUUGAAAUGGUCAUGAACCCCAAACAAGUCUUCCUCUCUGUGCUGAUAUUUGGAGUAGCUGGGCUACUCCUCUUCAUGUAUUUGCAAGUCUGGAUUGAAGAACAACACACAGGGAGAGUGGAGAAGAGUAGAGAACAAAAAGUAACUUCAGGAUGGGGACCAGUGAAGUACUUGCAGCCUGUACCCAGAAUCAGUGAGUAA